GGACCCAGGCCGCGACGCCCGCCCGCCCGCCCGCCCCCGCUUCCCGUCUGGGCGCAGGCGCGGGAGGAGCUGAGGCGCGAGGCGGGAGGGGAGUGGACGCUGCUGGCAAGGAUGGUGCUGGAGAGCGUGGCCCGCAUCGUGAAGGUGCAGCUCCCGGCGUAUCUAAAGCGGCUCCCUGUGCCCGAGAGCAUUACCGGGUUCGCCCGGCUCACAGUUUCAGAAUGGCUUCGGUUACUGCCUUUCCUCGGUGUACUUGCACUACUUGGCUACCUUGCAAUUCGUCCAUUCCUCCCGAAGAAAAAACAACAGAAGGAUAGCUUGAUUAAUCUUAAAAUACAAAAGGAAAAUCCCAAAGUGGUGAAUGAAAUAAACAUUGAAGAUUUGUGUCUCACUAAAGCAGCUUACUGUAGGUGUUGGCGUUCUAAGACGUUUCCUGCCUGUGAUGGUUCACAUAAUAAACACAAUGAAUUGACAGGAGAUAAUGUGGGCCCACUAAUACUGAAGAAGAAAGAAGUAUAAUAGUAAUGAAUUAGGAUUGAACUAAGUUGUGUGCUGUAAAAUUCUAUAACAAUAUUUUUUCAUUUUUUAUGUAUAGAUCUUUUAAAUGGUAGUCUUAAUUAUUGCUACUGGUUGAGUAAUUAUUUCUGCCAAUUUAUUUUCUUCUACACUACUGUUUAUAUUUGAUACUUUGUGUAUUCAAACGGUCAUUUAUAUAGAAAUUAAAUUGUACAACCCUUUCAUUCUUACUUCAAAGACAAUGUCUUGGUUUUCAUUAACUGAGAAAAAUCUGUUUUUGGCAGUGGGUCCAAAGCUCUUCCUUUGAAUAUCAAUAUUUUCUAUGGAAUCUACACUUAAAUUUUUUCUCCCUACAUUAAACAUAUUAUUUUUCAGUCUUCUGUUCUGAUCAUUUGAAGUGACUUUUCCUCUUUGGCCUUCCACACACUGUUCUUUUCAGAUCAGUAAGAAAAAUAUUGCUGUCAAGAAUUACUUGAGUUUUCAAAGAGAUAAAUGCUUUGCUUUAUAAACAUUAUGUCUAAUUAAAGUGUGAAUAUCCCAAUUUCAGAAAAGACAUGAACUGGAUAUAGAAAGUUCCAAAAAGGAAUAGUUAUUUACAUUAUUAAAAAAAUGUGUUUACUUUACAAAGGCUUGUUUGUGUCUCUUUAGGUGUGUGUUUUGUACAUGUAUCAUGAACUCUUUGACUCAGUGACAGGGUGGGAUGGAAUGGCAGGAAUACUUAUACUAAAUUCAUGAGCUGCUGCAAUUUGAAGGUUAAUUAGAAAUAAAGUAUAUCUGAACUCAUAUUAAAAUGAUAAAUGGAAAAAAAAUUAAACAAAUAAAAAAAUAAAAUGAUAAAUGGUUCAGUGAUUCAAAAUCGUAUACAUUUUUCUCUUUAUAACAGUAUAAUCCAAUAAAACAUAAAAUAAAGAAAGUUUGCUAAAUAAACUUAUUGGAGAAUCUUUAAAA